UCUGGUUUAAGCUUCCAUUCCAUUUCAAAAUCCCCUCUUUUUCAGUAUUAUGUGAUGGAAUCUAGCUGGAAACUGAGCUCUUUUUGCUUCAGAUCGAUCAAGAGCUCUGUAUUUUCGUUUCCUGGAUUGCUGGACAAGAAACUUGUCUUUUAUGUGAACUUGUCUUACUUGCACUUGUUCUGGUUCUGGGUCUCUGGAUAUUGGCGCUUUCUUUGUUGGUGAGAUAGUCUUGACAUAGAUACCCAUCAUAUAUGGACAUCCUUUUUUUUGAGUCCAAGGUGUCUAUUUCUUCCUUUGAUAACAGCUACGGUUAAUUCAGCACUAGGAUGCAGACAGGGCUAUAGCUUGGCGGUUGCAGGUAUCUACGAAAUUCUCAAAAGAAAAGAAGAAAAAAAGAUGAUUGGUGGAGGUCUUGUGGCAUAUGCUGACUCAAAAUCAGACCAUGCCAUUGCAUCAUCUCAAGUAGCACCCAAGAAAAAGGUGGUAGUGCUUGGUACUGGUUGGGCUGGCACAACUUUCUUGAAAAAUCUAGAUAGCUCAUUGUAUGAUGUACAAGUGGUAUCACCUCGUAAUUACUUUGCAUUUACCCCUUUGCUACCUAGCAUCACAUGUGGAACAGUUGAACCAUGCAGCAUUGUUGAGCCAAUUCGCAAAAUCAUAAAAAAGAAGGGAGAAAUAAAAUUUUGGGAAGCUGAAUGUUUCAAAAUCGAUCCAACAAGCAAAGAAGUCCACUGUCGUGCUGAUAUUGGCACUAAUUUGGAUGGAAAUGAUGAAUUUCUUCUCAAUUAUGAUUAUCUGGUGAUAGCAAUUGGAGCAAGGGUAAAUACAUUUAACACCCCUGGUGUAGUGGAACAUUGUCACUUUCUAAAGGAAGUAGAAGAUGCUCAGAAAAUUCGGAGGAGUGUAAUGGACUGUUUUGAAAGGGCCAGUCUUCCAAACCUUGAUGAAGAAGAGAGGAAGAGGAUUCUUCAUUUUGUUAUUGUUGGUGGUGGUCCAACAGGUGUUGAAUUUGCUGCAGAGCUGCAUGAUUUUGUAACUGAAGAUUUAUCUAAGUUAUACCCUAUGGUUCGAGACUUGGUGAAAAUAUCCGUUAUUCAAUCUGGAGAGCACAUCUUGACCAUGUUUGACAAAAGGGUAACUGAAUUUGCCGAAGAGAAGUUCCAAAGAGAUGGUAUUGAAGUGAAAACAGGGUUUAAGGUUGUGGAGGUGUCUGAUAAAAACAUCACAAUGGCAAACAAAUCAACUGGAAAAAUGUCUGUACCAUAUGGAAUGGCUGUCUGGUCAACCGGUAUUGGGACACGCCCUGUCAUAAUGGAUUUUAUGAAACAAAUUGGUCAGGCUAACAGGCGUGCAUUAGCAACUAAUGAGUGGCUGAGAAUCCAUGAAUGCGAUGGUGUAUAUGCACUUGGCGAUUGUGCCACCAUAAGUCAACGAAAAAUCAUGGAAGACAUCUCAGCAAUCUUUAAGGUUGCAGACAAGGACAAUUCUGGAACUUUAACUGUGAAAGAAAUCCAAGGUAUUUUAGAUGAUAUUUGCAUAAGAUACCCUCAAGUGGAACUCUAUUUGAAAAGCAAGCAAAUCAGCGACAUAGUUGAUUUAAUUAAGGAUUCCAAACGUGAUGUUGAGAAGGAAUCUAUAGAACUGGACAUAGAAGAGUUCAAAAGAGCUCUUGCAAAUGUAGAUUCACAAGUCAAAAAUCUUCCUGCAACAGCUCAGGUUGCUGCACAACAAGGCAAUUAUCUUGCUAAAUGUUUUAACAAAAUGAAGGACUGCGAAGAGCAUCCGGAAGGUCCACUGCGCAUUACAGAAUCAGGUCGCCAUCGCUUUCGCCCCUUCAGGUAUAAGCAUUUUGGUCAAUUUGCCCCAUUGGGUGGAGAACAGACUGCUGCACAACUGCCUGGAGAUUGGAUCUCUAUAGGCCACAGUACCCAAUGGCUCUGGUAUUCUGUGUAUGCAAGCAAGCAAGUCAGCUGGCGCACAAGAGCAUUGGUAAUUUCUGAUUGGACGAGGCGUUUCAUUUUUGGGAGGGACUCAAGUCGCAUAUAAUUUCACAAAAAAAUCCAAAGACAUGUAAAUAGAGCUUCUAUUGAAGUUUUUGCAACCUUCCCAAAAAUCAGAUCACCUACUCAUCUGUAUUGCUCAUCCAUUUUCUUGUUUGUUUUUAAGAUUUCUUGAGACCGAGUAAGCUCUUGUUGGCAAUGUUGAGUUUAGUUAUUCUUAUUACUUCUGUGAAUCAAAGGGUACAGCUAUUCUUGUUGUAUAUCAUAUUUAGAAACCAAGUGUGGACCAUAAUUCUGUGUUUUGAAGUUGCAUUGGUUCCACUGUUAUGGAGGACUUUAUCCUCUUUAAUUUUUCUAGUUACAUUAUAUAUUUGCUUUGAAA